CAUGUACACUAAUCAUCAGGGCACUGAUGAUUAGUGCCCUGAUGAUUAGUGUAGCCCCAUCAGUGUCACCUGUCAGUGCCCAUCAAUGCCACCUGUCAGUGCACAUCAAUGCCACAUAGUGCCUAUCAGUGCACACCAAUGCCACAUAUCAGUGCCCAUCUGAGCUGCCAGUCAGUGCCAACUAUCAGUGCCACCUAUCAGUGCCAGUCAGUGCCACCUAUCAGUGUCACCAGUCAGUGCCGCCUAUCAGUGCUGCCUAUUAUCAGGGCCACCUAACAGUUCCAAUCAGUGCCACCUAUCAGUGCCAGUCAGUGCCGCCUAUCAGUGCCAUAUAUGAGUGCUG